GUAAACAGUACCCGCCAAGAAUACAAGUUUAUACGGGAAAAAUAGUACACACUUAGUUGUUAUUUGCGGUGGGGAACUGUUCUAAGUAAACUUUAACAUGCCUCGAGAAAUUAUCACCCUACAGCUUGGACAAUGUGGAAAUCAAAUUGGAAUGGAAUUUUGGAAGCAGCUCUGUGCAGAACAUGGAAUUAGUCCUGAGGGUAUCUUAGAGGAUUUUGCUACGGAGGGAACAGAUAGAAAAGAUGUGUUCUUUUAUCAGGCUGAUGAUGAACAUUAUAUUCCGAGAGCAGUUCUGCUCGAUCUCGAGCCUCGUGUCAUCAACACAAUAAUGAACUCACCCUAUGCCAACCUGUACAACCCAGAGAAUAUCUACUUAUCUAAGCAUGGGGGUGGGGCAGGAAACAACUGGGCUUCUGGAUAUAGUCAGGCCGAGAAGUUGUACGAGGAAAUCUUUGACAUCAUAGACAGAGAGGCUGAUGGAAGUGAUAGCCUUGAGGGCUUUGUUCUGUGUCACUCUAUUGCUGGAGGUACAGGUUCUGGGAUGGGGUCCUACCUACUGGAAAGACUCAAUGACAGGUUCCCAAAGAAGUUAGUGCAGACGUACUCUGUGUUCCCUAACCUGGACGAAAUGUCGGACGUGGUGGUCCAACCCUACAACUCACUACUCACUCUGAAGAGGCUCACUCAGAAUGCUGACUGUGUGGUUGUAUUAGAUAACACAGCAUUAAACAGAAUAGCUGCUGACCGACUUCAUAUAGAGACUCCAAACUUCUCUCAGAUAAACCAGCUGGUAUCAACGGUCAUGUCCACCUCAACGACGACACUGCGUUACCCUGGUUACAUGAAUAACGAUUUGAUUGGUCUAAUUGCCUCAUUAAUCCCCACCCCUCGGCUCCACUAUCUGAUGACAGGGUACACACCCCUGGCUACAAACUCACAGGUACACAAAAGUUUACAGAGGAUCAGAGAGAGGAAGUUGGCCCAGUUUAUUCCCUGGGGACCAGCCAGUAUCCAGGUGGCGCUGUCUCGGAAAUCCCCAUACAUCCAAACGGCUCACAGGGUCAGCGGUCUAAUGUUGGCCAACCACACCAGUAUAUCUACGUUAUUUGAGCGUACACUACAACAGUAUGACAAGCUAAGAAAAAGAGAAGCCUUCAUGGAUCAGUUCAAAAAGGAAGCCAUAUUUAAGGACAACUUAGAUGAGUUUGAUAACUCAAGGGAGGUAAUUCAGCAGCUGGUGGAUGAAUAUCACGCAGCCACAAAGCCAGACUACCUCUCUUGGGGAACACAACAG